AUGGCAGCCGACGAGAAGAGCAUGCCGUUCUUAAAGAACCUCGCAUCCAGCGACCGCAAAAUCCGCACUUCGGCCCUCGGCACGCUUCGCACGUUCCUCAGCGCCAGCACGACCUCGCGGGCGCUGACGCCGCUCGACAACCUCAAGCUCUGGAAGGGCCUGUUCUACAGCCUGUACAUGUGCGACCGACCGGUGCCGCAGCAGAACCUGUGCGCGGACCUGGCGGCGCUGCUGGACGUGCUGCCGGACGACGCCGUCGCGCCCUGGCUCGUCGGCUUCUGGGACGUCAUGGGCCGCGAGUGGACGACGGGCAUCGACGUGCUGCGCAUGGAGAAAUUCCUGCUGCUAGUCAGGCGCGUGCUCGGCCGCAGCCUGGUCUGGGCGCACGAGGUGCCCAAGGCCAAGGGCGCCAAGGGCAAGAAGGCCGCCGACGCGCGGCGCGCCGCCCUGCUCGAGCUCUUCCGCGAGUGGCCCUUUGAGUCCACGGGUGAUCUGAAGAAGAUGCCCGUCGGCCUGCGCCUGCACGUUCUGGAUAUCUGGGUCGACGAGGCCGAGAAGGCGGGCAUGAUCGGCGAGGACAGCACCGAGGCCGACGCGGAGUUCCUGAACGGCAUCCGAGAGAUCCUGCAGGCCAUGAUAGGGAAGACCGUCACUCCUGUGAAGCCCAGGGCCAAGGAGAGUUUGGCAGACGAGAGGCUGCCGUGGUAUGAAAAGAAGGAAGGGACCGAAGCCGAGGACGAGGAGAUGACGGAGGAUGGGGACAGCGAUAGAGACAGUUUUGGCGGAUUCGACGACUAA